AUGUCGAUUCGCUUUUGUCGUGGUUUGCCGACGUUUCGGCUGCGGGGGCCGCCCAUCGUCAUCUCGGCGACGCAAUUCAACCAACGGCGGUUGCUGGCGUCGUCGUCGUCGUCCUCGUCCUCCUUGGGCGGUGGCGGCGGCUACGUGCGCGAGGGGGCGAUGCAUCAGCCCGGGGAGUCCGGGCAGCAGGCGGGCUCCAGCACCACGCUUGCCGGGAAGGAGACAUGGUCGCAGUUCAGCGCGAAGAUGCGCUACGGACGCCGUCGCAUCCGCGUCAUUGACGUUGCGGCCAAAAUGUCCUACGAGUAUCAGAUGCUGCGGAAGAUGUGCAAGCGCCGGCCAGCGAUGCGGCAGUGGACCGUGCGGGACGACUUCUGCGACAUGCAGCCUGGUGUCGUCGUGAUGUCGCCGUCGAUGCAGGCCGCCUUCAUGAAGGUCUUUCGGCUGAAGGAUAAGGGCCUCAUCCGGCAAUGCCUGCGCGACAUCAUUCCUGUCAUUGAGUACCGAAAUCGCGAGGAGCCGGUGCGGCUGCCGGUAAAUCCAGCAGAAAUGAUCCCCGAAGGCGAAGCCGACACGCUGAAUCAGAAAAAGCGGGAACUCUUUGAGCGCCGCGAAAAGGGUGAGAACUUUGCCGAUCUUCGGUUGCAUGACAAGCGGUCACAGGCAAAGCUGCGGUUUAAGAUACGGCAACGCCUGUUGAAAUUCCAACGGCAGCUGGCGGUGGCAAAUGCCGUGGCGAGUCGCUCCGUCCUCUACUCGGCGGAUGACGCCAUUGGGUACUUCCUCUUCCGCGGGGCGGCGAUGUACGCGGGGAUGCACCGCGUGUUCUUUGAGCUUAGCAAGCAGCUUCCGCACUUUGUCCCCAAGACGAUGCUGGACUUCGGCGCCGGCACCGGCACUGCCACGCUGGUGGCAAAGGAGGUGUACGACCCCGGCGCACUCGCCUACCCGCUCUACCGCUCGCUGCGGCAGACGAUGCAGGGGAACGACUCCUCCCGCACCCACCGGCUGGCCGAGCUGCGCUACGACUUGCAGCGACUCCAGCGUAACAAUGCGGAGAAAAAGAAGGUGCGUUUUAUGGCUGUGGCCGCGCUGCUGGAGAGGGGUGAGGUUGAUCCCGCCGACCUGCCCGACGACCUGCGACGCGAAAUCGGUGAGGUGGCGGCGGCGGCGGCGGAGGCAAAAAAAGAACGCCUGACGCGGGAGGCACACGCGCGCCACCGCGACGUUGUGGACGGCACAGAGUGGGAAAGCGGUGACCCGCUGAACGUGGAUUGCGUGACCCGCGAGGACCCAAACGACCUCAUGGACGGCGAGGAGCACGACGAGUUGCGUGACGGCGGCACGGCGCCCAAAAAGACGUGGUGGGAGCAGUUUGUUGACCUUGAAAAUGAGACGGCGCAGCAGCGGGCCGCCAAGCGUCUUCGACCGCUGCAGGAAGUCACUGCGGUUGAGCCAAGUCCCGGCAUGAUGGAGAUUGGAACCAUGGUGCUGCACGACGAUGUGCCAAACGUGACGUGGAAGCGGUACUUGCUGCCGGAAGAUGAAGUGAUUCAGCACGACCUCGUAGUGGCUGCCUACUCCCUCAGCGAAAUUGCGGCGGCGGAGAAUCGUCGACAGUUGGUGCAGCAACUGUGGAAAAUGACAAAGGGCGUCCUCGUGCUUGUGGAGUUCGCCAAUCUUAAUAACUUCAACCUUCUCAUGGAGGCGCGAGAUUGCCUGCUCGAGGAGAAGGACGUCGGCCUCUGGGACUGGCAGCCCACCAUUGUUGGCCCCUGCCCACACGAACAACGUUGCCCGUUGCGGCACUGCAAGGCGGGCGUGAAGCGCAAACGUAUGCGUAUCUGCAGCACGGAGGCGCACUAUCGUGCCACCUUUGUUGAGGUGUGGGCACGGCAUAUGCCGUUGAAGGUUGGUGUUGAGCCCAUCAGCUAUUUAAUUUUUGCACGCAAUGAACUCGUCCCUGAGCGGGCGCUCCGUCGGCAGGAGCAGAUGAAGAAGUCGGAGGAGGCGAAGCGAGAGGAGCGGGAUGCGAAACAGCGCGAGUUGUACGAAGCCGCACUUACCGUGAAGGAUGUCGUUUUUGAGCGGCUCAGUGAUGAGGCGUUGCACCGCCCUGAGACGGGCGUGCCCUCCCCUCUGCGGCACACCCCCUCCACGGGGGAGGCGCAACCGCCAACGCCGCUGGAGGCAGCGCUGCGGGAGGGCGCAGUCAGCACUGGCGAGGUGGGACACAUGCCGACCGACGUCCCGCGGCUCGUCAGGACAGGCAACGCACGCCACAACAAACUUAUUUUUCCGCUGCAACUGCCGCCCGCGACCCACAAGUUUAACCGUGCCUUUGUGGACGCCGGCUAUCAGCGACAGCGCGCCAUCACCCCAGCGGAGAUGCUCGUCGUGCGUCAAGAGGUGGAUCAGAUGCGCCAGCGCGUGAUGCGAAUGGCACCAAAGUACCUGCGUGUGGUGCGGGACCCGCAGUGCCGCGGAAAAAUACAGGCGGACUUCUGUACCCCAGACGGCGACCUCGUCAGCGGUCGCGUCUACCGGCGCUUUUACGGUGACCGCAACCGAGUGAGUGCCCACAGCACGAUGCGGUGGCAACACAUCGGCGGGUGGAAGCUGUUAAAGCGGAUCAAGCGGGGGUCGCUCUUUCCGCACGACGUGCCUCUCUACGCCGUCACAAAGCACCCGCAGGUGGACUUCCCCAACACGCUGCUUGACGUGCGCCACUCCACGGUGGAGCAGACGGCGAUGCAGCACAACGACCCGCUGUCGCUGGUGGAGACGCCGGACGAUCAACUUAGCCGCGAGGAGCUGCGUCUGAAGCGGCGGGCGCAGCGAGACGCCGAGUUGCAGCAGAAGGUGGAGGGGAAGUUGGAAGAACUCUUUGGGGCGAGGGUGAGGCAGGACAUGAACUUGGGUGGCGGCCGCAUCGACUCUCGUCGCGCGAUCACCGAGCAGGAGUGGGCAGACGCCGUGCGCCGCGCCAAAAUACGCACGGUGCAGCACACGAAGAACGCUGUGCCGUUUGCGGCGAAGCGACGCGCUGCGCAGCGUUCCAUGCAGGUGCGGCAUCGGAACAUUAAACGAGAGAUGGCGUCGAACAGACGACGGUAG